CUCAUUGAUUGUGUGGCACUGAGGCUGCCAAGACGUAGUUCAUUAAUCUAUUAAAUUAUUCUAGACAUUUGAAGUGUGGAAGACCCGGACAAGCCCCUCAAGAAUUGGAGCAUAUAUACAUAUAUAUAUAUAUACCAUAAUUCAAGCGGAAUAGCAGACUGGCAUCAAUUCUGAAUUCCAGACUGGACAGUUUUCUGGAAAAAUUACACAACAGCUCGGAGUGCAAGUAAGUAUACAAAAUCCAUGUGAUCUCCAGGGAUUGAAUCAAUUGAAUCUUGCACUUUUGGCUGUGCUUUAUGGCCAGAUCUAUCAUGUGACGAUCGCAUUAUAAUGCAGAGAGCGUGUGUUUGCCGUAUGGCUUGGGCCAUUGAUUGGCCAUCCAAUUUGCAUAUAUAAUUUAUCUGCAAUUGUUGUGACAUUUUGCCAGCCAACCAGCCCGACUGGUGAUUGCGCAAAGAGGCCUCUCCGACAGACAGGUUGCCGUUGCCGUGGGAACUUGUUAUGUGUGGAUGGUGACAAAUCUCAGUCUCUGACUCUCUCUCCAACUCACACGCUCUCUCUCUUUUUCUUCUCUGGGCAACUUUCACUGGCAGUUUUGUUUUGGCAGUGUUUCCUUAAUUAAGCCAUCUUAAUGGUUAACUGGGAGUCGGGGUUUCGGUGCCGCUAUCUGCCAGCAGACAAUGCCUUAAUCUGCCAGCUAGAUCCGAGUAUCUGGCCUGGCCUGGCCUGGUCCCGGGGCGCACCUUCCCCCAAUUAAUGAAGCAACAGACUUCAUUUACCUACUUAAAGAGUAAAAGUUUGGCCCCAGCCUCGUGGCCUUUUGCUGACAAUUGCAGUGGAGAUGGAGCUGGAGACGAGGCAGAGAUUACUCCUAUUUCUAAAUGCCAUUUGGCAGACACUUGGCUGCUCCGCUGUUCCGCUGUUCCUUCCACUUGUCACGUUGGAGGCUGCUGCUUCUCAGUGGUGCCCCAGUGAUCUGCUUCUCUGGUGCUCCGAAGCUCUGCAGCUCUGUCCAUGCGGCGGUCGAGUGGGUCUCCAUGCCUCGCGCUCUCGGAAACCGGUUCGCCGGGCCCGCAAAUGAAAUCGCCAUCUAUUGGGGCUCCAUAUUUUCACGCCAGUCUGCGGUGAGCCGGGCCGAUACACGAUACAACCACGUCCACGUCCAGCAUCGCUCGAUAUGUCCAAUUUGUGCUAGAGCCAGCAAAUAUUUGAGAAAGUCUGCCCCCACAAAACACACCCCACCCCAAGUUCGAUUUAGUUUCCUACGUAAGUUGGCCUACACUGUCAGAAGCGAAUAAAAGAUAAUACUGUAUAAUAUUACCAAAAUCACAAGAUUUUUCUUUAGAAAACCACAAGAGACACUACCUCCACGAUGGCGCAAAGAGACAAGCAGCCGCCGCCGCAGCCGCCACCACCGCUGGUUCAGCCAAAGCCAAAGCCAAAAUAUGAACCGCGUCCGGUGGAGAAGGUUAAAGAUCCGAUCAUCUCCCAAAUCGGUGACUUCCGGCGCUAUCAGCUCUUCUUUUUCUUAAUCAUCGUGCUCUGCAAGUUCGGCAGCGGGUGGCACACCCUCGUCCACAUAUUUCUCGCCGCGCCCACGCCCCAAAAGUGCCUCACAGAGAAUGUCACGAAUGCCUGCAGCAAAGACUGCAAAAAUAUGGAGUUCGACACGAGCAUCUUCCAAACGACCAUCAUCACAGAGUGGGAUCUGACCUGUCGCAGGCACUCGCUGGCCAGCAUGUCGCAGUCCAUCGUGAUGACGGGGAUCAUGGUCGGAGGCAUGGCCUUUGGGAUGUUAGCGGAUGGAUGGGGCAGGCGGCCGGCCUUCUUGCUCUGCUGUUUCAUGCAGCUGGUCACGGGAUUGAUUGUCUGCGUUUCGCCGUACUUCUGGUUCUACUGCGUGUUCCGGUUUCUCGUUGCCGUCGCCACCGGCGGCACCAUGACCGUCAGCUUUGUGCUGAUAAUGGAGAUCAUCGGACCGAAGAAGCGGGAACUAAUCGGCAUCCUCUAUCAGAUCCCAUUCAACAUAGGGCACGCCUCGCUGGCACUGUUCGCCUACUAUAUCCGGACCUGGCGCUGGUUGCAGUUCAGUGUGACAAUAUUCUCGGCCAUCUUUGUGAUCUACAUCUGUCUCGUGCCAGAGUCGCCGCGCUGGCUCUUGACCACAGGUCGCGUCGACAAGAGUGUCAAGGUUCUGGAGCGGAUUGCCAGGCACAACCGAGCCCCGACAGAGACUAUCAAGUCGGAAAUAGAGGCUGCUUACCAGGCGAUGGCCAGCAAGCAGCCAACGAAGAAAGGUAACGUGCUGGACCUCUUCAGGACCCCGUACCUACGGCUGAAGACCAUCUUGAUGGCCAACAACUGGCUGGUGGUGUGCAUGGUCUACUACGGCGUUGCCCAGUACAUAGCCAAGCUGGGCGGCGACAUCUUUCUCAACGUAUUGAUCGCCGCCCUCCUGGGCAUUCCCGGAACGCUGCUUUGCGUGGUUCUGACCAAGUACCUGGGACGCAAGCUGACCUUGAUGCUCUCCAAUGGGCUGAGUGCCAUCGGCCUGCUGCUGCUGGUCUUCCUAUACAAGUCCAAACAGUUAUACCAGGUGAUAUGUGCCACUGUGGGUCUCUUCGGGGCAUCCAUUACCUUCCCAAACGUUUACCUAUACGGGGCCGAGCUAUUCCCCACCGUGGUGCGGUCAAACGGCAUGGGGCUCUGCUCAAUGGUGGGCCGCAUUGGAGGUCUCGUUGCCCCCCUGAUCAACGAGUUGUCUUGGUAUGGGGCUUGGAUCACGCCCCUAAUUUUUGGAAUCGCCUCCAUACUGGCCGUGCUGGGAACGAUCUUCUUGCCGGAGACGCGGGGAAUGCCACUGCCGGAGACCCUCGAUGAUGGCGAAAAGUUUGGCCGCAAAGUGAAAACCUAACCAAAUACCGACUAACUCACACCAUUACCUGCUCUCAAAAAUUAAUAAAUUUCAUUUGAAUUAGA